UUCGUUUUGUUCAUCCAUAAAAUGCAUUUCAUAUCAUUGUUUUAGGUGCAAGAUGGCGCCGAAGAAUUGUAGUCAGGUGAUCAUCCUCCCUCCCCCUCCCCCGUCAUGACAUAUAGGUUUAUACACAAGAUGUGACCUGACACUGCUUUUUCCACAUACUGGGUUAUGAUGCAUGUCGCUCCUGCGUAGCCUAUCUCUCCAUAAUACAUAUGAACCGGUAGUCGGAAGAAAGUUGUAAGAAUGUAUUUUCGUGGCCAAAUAGUUAUUUGCUUAUGUUUUAAAUGAUCCCAGGAGUUGCUGAAGCAGGCGAUUGGCCAGUUACGCUAUUGUGGCUACAUUUAUAGUGUAGAGAAACUAUUAGCCUACUUUAUUACAUAACCUGCAUUUUAUUUUGCAAAAUUAUGUAUCAUCCUGUUACAGUUCUGAUAGGCUUGUGGUUGCUUAUAAUGAAAAUGUAUGGCCUACUCAUAGGCUUUAAUUACAUCUGGUUAGUUAACGUUGUGAAUAAUAAUCUAAACAGCCUCUUUCAUCUAACAAACAACUAAAUAUACUUUAUCCAGGAAACCCCACCCAAUUUUCUAAUCGCAUUUUAUUGGUAGAUGAACCUGUGUAAAUUCUCAGCCUCUUUACUUGGCGGCUGUAAUUGGUCGGUAGUGACGACAAUCCUAAAACAUAUUCCCGCCUACAGAGAAGAUCAUGUUUGAAUGAACAACAGUAUUCUGUUCAAGUGGUUGCAUUUGCACUAAAAUACAAAACUAUUUUACGGGGAUUGUCAAUCAGUGGAAUAUAGUUGGCCAAAAUGGACAUGAAGAAAAGAAUUUAUCUUGAACUGCGGAAUCGUACGCCAUCUGAUGUAAAAGAGUUAGUCCUGGACAACUGCCGUUCAAAUGAAGGCAAACUAGAGGGCCUCACGGAAGAAUUUAAAGAUUUGGAAUUUCUAAGUACAAUUAAUGUUGGGCUGACAUCGGUGGUAAAUUUGCCAAAACUAAGUAAACUGAAAAAGCUUGAACUCAGUGAUAAUAGGAUUUCGGGUGGCCUUGAAGCGUUUGCAGAAAAAUGCCCAAAUCUUACACACCUCAACCUCAGUGGCAACAAAAUCAAAGACCUCAGCACAAUAGAACCUUUGAAAAAACUUGAGACACUCAAAAGCUUAGACUUGUUCAACUGUGAGGUGACAAACCUCAAUGACUACAGAGACAACGUCUUCAAGUUACUCCCGCAGUUGACAUAUCUAGAUGGCUAUGACAAGAAUGACAAGGAAGCACCAGACUCUGACGCAGAGGCAUACGAAAAGGGUCUGGAUGAUGAUGAGGACGAGGAUGAGGUAGAGGAGCAUGAUGAAGAGGCUGUGCCAGGGGAUGAGGACGAGGAGGAAGGAGAGGAGGAAGAAGACGAGGAGGAAGACGACGUUAGUGGAGAGGAGGAAGAGUUAAAUGAUGAUGAUGAGGAUGAGGAUGAUGUAGAAGAGGAACAAGGUCUAAAGAGGAAAAGGGAAUUGGACGAGGAAGGAGAGGGGGAUGAAGAUGACUAAAUAAAUCAAGAGGAUCCAUUGUGACCCGACUGUUUUAACUUUGUGUUUUAAAUCCCCUUGAACUAAUUGAUUUGUGUUUGUUUAUUACUCUACUUUUUAAAUUAUUAUUGGGGUUUGUUUUUUUACCUUUAAGUCCCCUACUGUCAUUUACAUGCUACUAGCUGGACAGUAGAGGACAUUUCGUAAUGUCAAAUAUCAGGCCUAUAUGUAACCAAUUGUGUUCUCACUUUUAACAAAUCCUUAAAAAGGUAUUUAAAAAUGUUCAACAACUUGCAUAUUCAGAAAAAUUACCUAAAACUUUCUACGUUGCAUGUCUAAAUAUGUUUGAAAGUUGCCUACUGGAUAUAAUUAUUACUGGUUUGUACAUGUGUUUGUUUGUGUGAUUUGUAGGGCUAUUAUCAUGUCUGCUUCAAGCUAACAGCAUGACUGCAACAGGUCAUUUUAAAGCAUAGCAAAUAAUGUCUGCCCUUGUGGAAAUAAUCUUCCUCGGGAAUUGUGUUCUUUGUAAAUAAUGACCAAAUCUAUUGUUUUCUAUUCUCUUUGAUAGACAUUUACACUUUUAGAUGAUCAAUGUUUUGACCUGCUGUAGGCCUAACUUCAUUAAAGACAUGAUUCUUGUAUAGAUACUUGACAAGCAUCCUAGUUUUUUUUGCAGAUCUGGCAGGUACACACUUGAAAUGAUUAGUAAAAUACAACUACGAUUAACAAAUUAUUCGAAGUAACUUUGUUUGGUACACAAUUAAUAAAUUGUAUAUUUUCAGAUUUCGUCUCAACAUCAGUUAAUGGUAAAAUGGGCCUACCAUUAUGUUUUCUCAGAAUUGUCAGA